GCCCUUUUUGUACUGUACUGUCCUUCUGCGUAGUCCCUCAGACCAAACUGGUCUGGUGACUAACUAAAACGAAAGUUUAGGAAUCCACUCUGCUGUAAGACUAUAAGCCGUAGACUCUAAAGAAAACAUUGCAGACGGAAACACAACAUUCCUCGUUUUAAAUCUUUCAAAAGAGAGCAGUCAUGCUGCUGGUGUGAGCUCAGACCCUGCGAUGGCACUUUUGGCAGAUGUGAAGCCCAAGACUGAGGAAAAGGCAGGUACAGGGAGGCUGUCCUGGCCCGUUUUCCUGCUGGCUCUCACAGCUGUCACCUCCUCCUCUCUUUCAGCUUUGUCUCUGUACCAGCUGGUGUCUCUUCGAGCAGAGGUAGAGGAACUCAGAUCAGAGGUCUGUCGCAGGAGAGUGGAGGCACGGGAGUCCAAACAUGGAGCUCAGACUGAAAAACUCAGCAGCAGGAGAAGCAGCCAAGAACCACCACACCAACCCGGGUCUCAACAUCCUCCCACCAUGAUAAGGAAGAGAAGACUGGUUUCUGGAGGAGAGCCACACGUAUCUCAGCCUUGCCUGCAGUUGAUGGCUAACAAUAGCAGGAAAACCUUCAGCAAAGAAUUUACCGCCGAGCUUCACACAGGUAUCCCCUGGCAGACUGGGCUGAGGAGAGGAUCAGCCCUGGAGGUAGACGGGGACAGCGUUUUAGUCAGAGAGGCAGGCUUCUACUUUGUAUACAGUCAGGUCUUCUACAUGGAUGACUAUUUUGCAAUGGGUCAUGUGGUGAUCAGAAGGAAGAGGAAUGUGGUUGGAAACGAGCCUCAGUAUGUGAUCCUGUUCCGCUGCAUCCAGAAUAUGAGUUCAGACAACCCCUUUAACACCUGCUACACAGGAGGUAUUGUCAAACUGGAGGCCGGGGACCACUUGGAGUUGCUGAUUCCUCGCUCCACAGCCAAAGUGUCGCUGGGCGGGGAGGACACCUUUCUGGGCGCCAUCAAACUGGUUUGAUGUCACCUCAUUUUGCACCACAAAAGACGCUUUUGCAGUUGGAGUGGAGGGAGCAAAGACACACACUUUUAGCAUUGAUCUUAUGAAUAAAAGUACCUUAUAGCUACAGCAGUGGCAGCUGGUCAUUGGAGGGCGCUAGGGCACCACCCAAUCUCUCCCCUCAAGGAGACUGACAAACCUUCCAUGAAUACGAUUUUUAGUUUUAGGCUAUACAUACAUGUACAAUUUUGUAAAAUGUGCACUCUGCAAUAAAAAUAAUAGAUUAAAAAUGUU